CCGCCGCCGAAGCGGAGACCGGAGCCGCGAGCGCCACCAGGGCAGCAGCCGCCGCAGCCGCCGCCGCUGGGCUGAGGAGCCGGAGACGCAGGCGGACGAGGUGGCGGCGGCGGCGGAGCAGGAGCGGGGACCGGGCGCCAACCGAGCACGGAGGCGCGGGUGUGCUCUAGAGAAGAAGUCUUCAAAUAUCCUUGCCAUAUUGAUUCUGAGCCAUCGGGGGACUCAGGCUUAUGAGGAGGUACUGUCACUUAAAAGAGUGUCUGGUGAAGACGACAAGAAAGAGGGGAAAGGAUCGGAAAAAGAAGCUAAAACACUGUAGAAAACCAUGAGAUCUAUUAGAUCUUUUGCCAAUGAUGAUCGCCAUGUUAUGGUGAAACAUUCAACAAUCUAUCCAUCUCCAGAAGAACUUGAAGCUGUUCAGAAUAUGGUGUCUACUGUCGAAUGUGCUCUUAAACAUGUCUCUGAUUGGCUGGAUGAAACAAAUAAAGGCACAAAAGCAGAGGGGGAAACAGAAGUGAAGAAGGAUGAGGCUGUGGACACCUAUUCCAAGGAUCAAGGUGGUCGGACAUUGUGUGGUGUAAUGAGGAUUGGCCUGGUUGCGAAAGGCUUGCUGAUUAAAGAUGAUAUGGACUUGGAGCUGGUUUUAAUGUGCAAAGACAAACCCACAGAGACCCUGUUAAAUACAGUCAAAGAUAAUCUUCCUAUUCAGAUUCAGAAACUCACAGAAGAGAAAUAUCAAGUGGAACAAUGUGUAGAUGAGGCAUCUAUUAUAAUUCGGAAUACAAAAGAGCCCACGCUAACUUUGAAGGUGAUACUUACUUCCCCUCUAAUUAGGGACGAAUUGGAGAAGAAGGACGGAGAAAAGGUUGCGAUGAAAGAUCCUCCGGAUUUACUGGACAGGCAGAAAUGCCUGAACGCCUUGGCGUCUCUUCGACAUGCCAAAUGGUUUCAGGCAAGGGCAAAUGGAUUAAAAUCAUGUGUAAUUGUCCUCCGCAUUCUGCGUGAUUUGUGCAACAGAGUCCCCACAUGGGCCCCACUUAAAGGAUGGCCACUAGAGCUUAUAUGUGAAAAGUCUAUAGGUACUUGUAAUAGACCUUUGGGCGCUGGGGAGGCCUUGAGACGAGUAAUGGAGUGUUUGGCAUCUGGAAUACUACUUCCUGGGGGUCCUGGUCUUCAUGAUCCUUGUGAGCGAGAUCCAACAGAUGCUCUGAGCUAUAUGACCAUUCAGCAAAAAGAAGAGAUUACCCACAGUGCACAGCAUGCACUCAGACUAUCAGCCUUUGGCCAGAUUUAUAAAGUGCUGGAGAUGGACCCCCUCCCAUCUAGUAAGCCUUUUCAGAAAUAUUCCUGGUCAGUUACUGAUAAAGAAGGUGCUGGGUCUUCAGCUCUGAAGAGACCAUUUGAAGAUGGAUUAGGGGAUGAUAAAGAUCCCAAUAAGAAGAUGAAACGAAACUUAAGGAAAAUUCUGGAUAGUAAAGCAAUAGACCUUAUGAAUGCAUUAAUGAGGCUAAAUCAGAUCAGGCCUGGGCUUCAGUAUAAACUCUUAUCUCAGUCUGGUCCUGUUCACGCCCCAGUUUUCACAAUGUCUGUAGAUGUGGAUGGUACAACAUAUGAAGCCUCAGGGCCAUCCAAGAAAACAGCAAAACUUCACGUAGCAGUGAAGGUACUGCAAGCAAUGGGAUACCCAACGGGCUUUGAUGCAGAUAUUGAAUGUAUGAGUUCUGAUGAAAAAUCAGAUAAUGAAGGCAAAAAUGAAACAGUGUCUUCAAAUUCAAGCAAUAAUACUGGAAAUUCUACAACUGAAACCUCCAGUACCUUAGAGGUAAGAACUCAGGGCCCUAUCCUCACAGCAAGUGGCAAAAAUCCCGUAAUGGAGCUCAAUGAAAAAAGAAGAGGUCUUAAGUAUGAACUCAUCUCGGAGACUGGUGGAAGCCAUGACAAACGCUUUGUAAUGGAGGUGGAAGUAGAUGGACAGAAAUUCAGAGGUGCAGGUCCAAAUAAGAAAGUGGCAAAGGCAAGUGCAGCUUUAGCUGCCCUGGAGAAGCUGUUUUCUGGACCCAAUGCAGCAAAUAAUAAGAAAAAGAAGAUUAUCCCUCAGGCAAAGGGUAUUGUGAAUACAGCUGUGUCUGCAGCAGUCCAAGCUGUUCGGGGCAGAGGAAGAGGAGCUCUGACAAGGGGAGCUUUUGUUGGGGCCACAGCUGCUCCUGGCUACAUAGCUCCAGGCUAUGGAACACCCUAUGGUUACAGCACAGCUGCCCCUGCCUAUGGUGGUUUUUUCAUUGACAGCCCCUAUUGCCAGCCUCUGAGCGUCGCACCAUUUAUUAUUCACUUGGGCCCUCAAGACUUCUUCUCUGACUUCUAGAACCAUCAGGUUGUCUGGCUUGAAAUGGCAAUUUCUGUGUCUUGGUCCUAAGAGCAAUGUGACCCCCUGAGGCUUUCCAGCUUUCAGACACAGCACUCUGACACCUCCUUUUGGAAAGCAGUGACUGAGUAAUUUAAAGAAGAGCAAUACUUUAUUCAAAGCCACGGUGUCUGUUUGAAAACUUUUCCUUUGGAAACCUAGCAAUAUCCUGAUCUACUUAACCCCUCCUAGCCUAGUCUCUUGUCAAGGAGUCUACAGACCAAUGUAGAACUUAGAGUUAGUGGUGAGCUGUGCUACCUUCUGACAGUUUUUACAAUUUUUUAGCACAUAAAUUGAAUAGUUGCAUUCCUGACUGCGUCAGUUAGUGCUUUUAUGAAUCCUCAGAGAUAGGGGGCCUCCUUGAAGCCAUAUUCUUUGCAUGGGGGCUGGCACCCAGCCAGGGAUGUGGCCUGCAGCCCGUGUUGGCUGGGGCUGUGGGAGCACCCCAUCUCUUGUCCAAGGUAACUGGUCCAGUAGAUUCCCAACAUACCUCAUGCUGACUAGGUGCGGUGCGGGGUGCAGUGAAGCGAGGGGGCCUCCAGUCGUUUGCAGUCUCUCCCAAGCUGUUAACCUGGGGAACAAACCACUGAUAGAUUUUGCUGGUAUUGGCCUUUUCUUCUUUUUUAAAAAUUUGGGUGAAUGUUUGAAAAUCAUGAAUCAGUCAGUCACCGUUAUUAAUUGAAGAGCUGGGAAAUACCUCGUUAAUAUAUUUUUAAAACUGGUGUUGGACCCUCUGUGUAUUUCAGGUUAAUACUUUUAAGCAGUUUUCAGCACGUUUAUCUCACUUUAUUCUCGUUCUCCUCGGACCUUCGUAGCCAUAUCACUUGUAUAAAAUAGGCUGAGAUAUAGUGACUGUAAGCUGUGGUCUCAGUAUGCAAAGGUAAGCUCUUUUAUUUUCUGAUUAAAGAAAAAAUUAAAAAUCAAUGAACACAACAUGCAUAAAUGACAAUCUCAUAUGAUGUAUUUGAUCUCUUAGGUCUUAUGUCAUCACGUAAGUUUUUAUGAUCUAAGUGUAAAAUAGUCAUUUUCAGUAUUUGUUUUAAUACCCUUGUAAUUACUUUCUAUUCAAGAGGGAUAUUUCACUUUUGCUGAGUGUGUGUACGUGUAGAGAAACUUACGAUGUAACAUAUAUGUGAGUUACAUACACGAAUCUGUUUCAAUAAAAGAAUUCAGUGGUGGGAAGUGUUCAACUAAGAAGAUUUUAACAUCAGGGCACUCUUUUUGGCCAAAGUGCUGGAAUUUCAUAAGCAGCAAGGUGGUAACAGUGCUGAUAGGAUCCAUUUGCGUGUAGCUCUUACAUAAGCUAAGGAUCAAAGUGCCAAUUUCUCAAGGAGAGCACCUUCUCUGAGAAAUGAAUUAUCUCUGAUCUGUGUUGUAUGCCCUAAUACAACAGCAGCAAGAAGCCAUAAAAAAAAAGCAAUAGAAAAUGAAAAAAAACCAAAAUAUUAAGGUAACUAUGGAAAAAUAUAUAAUUGAGUUAACCUACGUAUUUGCAGAACCAAUUUUUGGCAAGACUCAGAAUGGUAGAUGAUACCCAGUCUGCAGAGACCAAAUAGACAAGGCAACUCAUCUGUCUUUUCUAGAUUAGUUAGAUGAUUUAUUUCCCACCAGAUUCUACCAUUGUAGAAUUCAUUUAAAAGGUAGGAGGGUUAGGUCAAAUAUCCUAAUAAGGAUUUGCUUCAUUUAGUGUAUCCCAUAAAUGCAUUUCACAUGUGUUAGAUGUUCUGUGCUAAGGUUGUAUUUGAUGUAUAUAGAGAUUAAAAUGAAUUUUAUGUUUUAUAUUUGUCUCUAAGUAGCAGUUUUCUCUUUAUUACUAACUGUGAAGGAUGCUGGAAUGACUUUUUUCCCAUACAGAGUCUGUACGUAUGUUGAAUGUGUGGCUUUGGCAGGUUGUAUGUGAUCUAGUGACUAAGUACCACGUACAUUCCCGUCCUAGUCAAACAGCCGGGUGCCCCUCAUGUGCCAGGUGAUUCUCUGGGUACUAGUGAGACAGGUUCUGCCUGGUGGAAGCAUUUUAAGUUGGAGAGUCUCCUUGUUGGUGGAAUUGGGCCUGUUGUAAAUAUCCUAGGUGGGAGACAAUGCAUUAGCAGUGUCAGAAGAUAAUUAGCUUAGUUAAUAGUUAAUUUAUAAAUAAUUUAAUAAUAUGGGCCCUCUCACAUCACUGAGAUGGAUCUCAUUUGGAAAUUCACUCAUUUGAAAUACUUCCAACUCUGGUUUAUGUUCACGGACCUCUCUCCACUUAAGUGAACUGAAUGAAAUGAAUAACAGAUACCUUCUAUAAAGCAGUUUGUAUAGUAUAGCAGAGAACAAAAACGGUGAAUUUAAAAACUGAUCACAUUUUUUGAUGACUAAUGAAGGGAAUUUUACGCUUAGAAUCCAUCAUUCUCUUAUUACUUCAUAAGGAACUGCAAUGGAAUACAUCUUCAGUGGUGAGUUAAAGGCGCCCCCCCCCGCCUCCCCCGCAACUGUUAGAUGUCUAGUAAUCUAGAGCCCCUAGAAAUUAGGGACUUUAAGAGCAGUUAAAUCUGAAAACAGCCUGCUCCGUGAAUGGUCUUGCUGUAGCUCCCAUUCAGCGUCUGCAGGUGCCUCCCUGGUGGUGGUGCUGGGGUAGGGGUGGUCCCUCUGAAGUCAUCCAGAGCAAGAAAGGUUCUGUUGUAUUGACUUGUACUCUGCAACUGCCGUCCAGUGACCAGAGAUGCCUCAGUGUUACUAGGAGGUCUCCUGGAGGGGAGAUGGGUGGUAAAUGAAUAACAACCUGCAAAGCCAAGAAACUGUCUACACUGAGGUGAGUUUCAGUAUUGAUGUGUUUCUCUCUAACAGUUAUUUGCAGAGCCUGUACUUCUUAUAUAAGUCCCUUCCUUUCCCGAUAACAGCUUCCAGAAAGUCUGUUUUAAGUCAAGAAUUGAAGUCGAGUUAGUUGUAAGAAUAGAUAUCCUUUCCCACAUUAUCAUUUUAGGUAAGAGGUAACAGCUUCCAUUGAUGCUUGGAGCAGUGAUCUUUGGAGAUUUUUAAAAAUAGCACCAUAAUGCAAAUUAGGUUAUGUAAGCUUUACAGCACAGCUAGAAAUAGUAAGUAGAAACCAUGUGGGAAUCUGGGCCAGAAUAUAUUUCUCUUCCUCCAGCAAAUUCCUCUGGGGUCUGGGAUUUAGAUGAGUUAACACACAGAGUACUUUGAAUAGUACCUGGGACAUAGUAAGCACUCAAGUAAAUGUUGACUGUUCUUACCAUGUUGGCUGAGGUGACAGAAUAGAUGCAGGAGGCAAGGCUAUGCUGGCAGGAGUUGAGAAGCAGGUGCAUGGCCUGCUUGGGGGAGCUUCGUGGAUGUCUUAGUGUUGACAGGUUUGGGGUGCUCCUGGGCUCUGGGAAAGAGGACUCCUAGCAUGGCGGGGGCCGGGGGGCUCAGACAGGAAACAGAGCAAACCCUCGGUGAGAAUUGGUGUGGGAGGUUGCUGCACAUGGUUGCUGCAGGAAGAUGCUCGUGUUUCUGCUGAAGUAGUUACUCCUUGGACAGCCUGUUGUCAGGGGUUCAUAAUACUUUGGGAUUUAGGCGUGCUUGGAACUUCAAAGGGGCUGAGCUUAGAAUAUCAACCUGCCAAUCCUAAGUUUCCUGCCAGUGUGUUAGUGAGAAAAAAGUGUGUCCUUGAUUACAGCUAGCCCCUGAGUCUGACAUUCAGAGCUCACCUGUAUUUGUCUUAAACCAUGGAAGAGAGAGGAGGCUGGUUGGCAUGCUUGGAAGGCUCUUGCCUCAGAUGCUUUUCUGAAUAUCGUUCCUGCGCGUCCCUCUUCCAGUUAGCUGCAGCACUUUGGAAAAAAAUCUGUGCUUCGCACCGCAUAAGGCCUCCCUUCUGUCAGUCUUAGAAAGAAACCUAUCUGUCUAUCCCUCCACCAGUCUCUGUCCGUCUACCCAUUUCUCUCUCUAGACACAGUUGGGAAGUUGCUUUUCAGCAAAAGGGAAGAUGAGUAGAUGGUUGGACUGAAUAAAGGGUAAGCAUCUUACUGUUCGUCUGGCUCUCACGUGUCUGCGUGGACCUCAGGAGCAUCUGGAGAAAGGUGUGUGGCCACAUCCCUCUCUGCUGGUCCAGGUGAGCCGAGUGGGGAUACAGAUUUGAGUUCUGUGAUGCUCCGAGGUUAUAAAAAGUAUAGGUAAGGAUUAAGUGUUACCUUUAAGGCAAAUAAGAUCUGCAUUGUAGUCAAGAGGCUUUCCUUCAAAAAAUAUUUGUGUAAGUCACAUCCUGGCAGUGACCCCAAUCCUCAGCUGUAGCUCUUUGAUGGACUCCUUACCUCAUUAGCCAAGGCCUUGGGGUUCUUUUGUUUGUUUUGUCUUGAUCCCUCUGUUAACAUCUUAAUCACCUGGUCCUUCUAAGGAGGGUCUUAGGGUCUUUCUUGGCAGAAGAACUUUGCUAUUUCUGCAAAUGGCUCUCUCUGCUGGUGGGUGGUGUGGAGGUUGCCACCAUCUGCCCAGGCAGCUGGAGAGUCGGAUUAGCAUAUCCUCGCUGGAGGUGUGGUCCUGAGUCAUCUUUUUGCUGCUUGUGGCCCCUGGGAGGUAACAGGCAUUGUCUUAGCACUGCCUGGAAAUCCAGUCUCUCUCCUUUGUUUUGGUUUCUCCUGCAUUGAUCCUUUUGUACAGUUCUGUAUUCAGAUGUCAGCUAAAUGUCCCAGGCGAUUAACAGUGGCCCUCAGUUUGGGUCAUUUUGUGCUGUGGGCAGCAGUAGGUUGAAGAAGCAGGGAUGGAAGAAAGAUGCUAAAAUUGGUAUCUUGUGUGUGCCAGGCAUUUGGACUUUUUUUCUUACUUAGCCUUCUUGGAGGUGGUAUUAUUCUUAUUUGACAGGUGAACACGCUGAGGCUCAGAGUUAGUGCUAGGGUCAGGAAUGAAACCCAGCUCUGGUCAGUGCCAAGGCCUUUCCCUGCUGCACCACACGGUGGAUUAAACGUGGGAAGAAGGGGAGGAAGCGUGUCACGCGACAGCAAGGCGGCAUGCAGGCAGUGAGGCAGGGCUGAAAACGGCCUGAGCACAAGCAGGGGCCAUGCGGCCACGUGAUCUUUUGAGCUCACAGGCCCAAGCCAGUCCUAGGGUCAUCUGCUAGAGUCUAGGCUUGGACUUGAGGUUAUUUUAGACCAGAUAUUCUGGCCUGAAAUAAGGCUGUUUUCUUUUAGAGCAGUUGGAGAAGCUUAACAAAUAGGAAUGACAGACUGGAAGGCUCAGGUGUGGCUGUAUAAGCAGAGGAAGCUUUUGUAUUUGAAGCUUGUUUUUGUUUGAAUAUCGAGGAGCAGUGGAGGUGUGUGUCUUCACUGAGCUGAUGCUUUCUGAGUCCACGCUCUCUGGCCCGAGACUGGGGAUGGGGAUGUCUUAAGAUGGGAGCCAGAUGCUGAAGGAAAACUGGGGGAGGCUUGGCUCAUCGGGUCCAAGGAAGAGGGCAGCCCCAGGUUGGGGUGUCGGUGCUGAGAGGUGGCCCAGGGCAAGUGCUGAGCAGAGAUGGGAUCAGGGGCUGAUUGCACUGGCCUGUUCUGCUUGCUGGGAGUGUCCCCUGGACUUGGCUUCGGGGAAGGCUGCCAGCCUGGAGCCACAGGCUUCCCUCUGGGUCGGGCCGUGUUUGGCAAGCCCUGCUUGGAUGGCUUCAAGGUCUGUGAAAUCUCUGCACCUGGGCCGCUCUGCUUGCUGGCUGCGCCCCAGCUCCUUGGCCAAUUUGUGCCCGUUGGGACUCUGCUGAGGGCGGAGGGGGUGUGGGGAGAGAUACACUUGCCUUACCCCAGGUCGCCAUGACCUGUGGCAGUUUUUCUGAGCCACCCGCCUUAAUCCUGGAGGGCAACAGGAAGAAGGAACCUCCUUUUAAACCCAGGUUGUUCCGUUCAGUGUGCGGGAGGACUGGUCCUGUGCGUGUGGAGCCCUUUCCUGCCCGUGCCUGCAGCCGCUGCCCUAACAGUCCCUGUUCAGAGAAGCAGCAAUGCAGAGCUGGUUGUUCUCACACCACAGACAAGAAAAUUGAAGCCAAGGAACCUCUCCAAACCACCUAGUUUAUUUGUGGCAAAACAUUGUGGCUCCUAAUAAGUGGGUUUUUAACCACACAGAAGAAAUGGCAUUUCUUCUACUGUUUUUCGAGUUAACAGAAUCCCUUUCUUAGGGAUGAGAUUUGAACACCACCACAACUGUGGGACCUAGAAUUUUUCUCCUUUUACAGAUGAAGAAAUAGAGGCUUAGACAAAAUGACUCGCCCCAAAUUAUACAGCUAGUCAGUGGCCAAGCCCACCCAUUCUGAUAGUGCUGUGCUUACCACUGGUGGUUGGCGUUAACAGUCUAGGUUGCUGCCUAUCCUCUUUUCUAAAACUGUUCCGCAGCUGUUUCUCUCCUCUUUACAGUGUAAUCAUUCUACUUAACCUUCUUCCAGACUUCUGGAAUAUAUCCUGUGAGGUUUGAAAGAAAACACACAAAAGCCAGCUUCUCUCUCCCUGACCCCACCCCCCAUUCCAUGGGGAAAAAAAGAAAGCCGACUUCAGGCUCAUUCCUCUCUGGCUGCUCUGAAGGACUCUGGGCUGGCUCCUGGGCAAGGUUACCCGCUGCCCAGCUUGGGGCCGAGUGGCCUGUUUGUUGUUUGCUGGCCACACGGCAGGGUCUGUGUCCACAGCCCAUCUUCUUGUGCUACAACUGAACCUGCAGUCAAUUGCGAGCCAGUGAUUGCCAUCAGGGGAGGCCCAGGUGCUGGACGGAGGGGCCGGGUGUGUGCUUUUUCACCCUGAGCUUCACCGGGGUUUUGGUUGUACACUGCCGUCUGUGUCUGGCGAGGCCUUCAUUGGGUGCUCGCCCAGAGCACGGAGGCAGGGUCUCACUUGACUCUCCCGUCCUGCAGACGGUCUCAGGAGUUGCUCAGCUUUCUUACGUCCUUUGUGCCUGGGGGAGGCCAGCACCCAGGAGGAGAGCACGCCUUCCACCCAAUAUGGAAGGUGGCAUACGCCUGAGGAACUCAGGAAAGCUGAGAGCACCUCAAAACGAGACAGGGCGAGGCUGGCGAAGGGGAGACCGACCACACACCCUUCUGUCAGCUAUUUUAAACGGUUGUACUUACUUGUUGUAUGUGGUUCCAGAUGAGAAAAGAUAGUUAAAGCCCGAUUGGGCAAUUUGAGCUAACAUGUGCCUCGCACGGGGUGUGGCGAGAAGGGAGCCCGUGGCACCGGCAGUGUUUACGCCGGAAGCCAGCUGUUCAGAUGGCGCAGAGGAGGUCCUUCCACAGGAUGUUGGUCUGCACAGAACGCUGCUGUGAUCAUUGACCCUGCCAAGGCCAUGUCUCCCUUCUCUGGACACACGGAUGUAACAAACAUUUGUUGUCACCUGCCACCAGCCAGGCUGUGCUGGGUGAGGAGGGGUAGUUGAAGAAAAUGCCAGACGGAAGGUGGACGGAGCCUGGGAAGGGGGAGGGGAACACUCAGGGCCUGGAAUGGGACCAGAGCCUCCUUCUGUGCUUGGAGAAGGUCUCCCACUCAGUCCCGGAGUGGAGCCAGGCCUGUGAAGAGACUGAGCGAUUUAGAGUGACGUGGUGGUUCUUCCCGAGAGACUGGCAUCUGAGCUGGGCAGGAGUUUGCCCACAGAGUGGUCAGGGGAGGCCCCCAGGAGGGGGCACAGCGUGCAGAGAAGGGAAUGGCCUUCUCGGGACCUGGGAACCGGUUUGGUUAGGAGGGUGAAGUGUCAGAUGGGAUGGGGCAGGGCCUCAGGUGCUGGGCCCUUUACUGGUUUCCGUCUUCCAGAAUGGCGAGAGGAGUCUGAGGAUCGGUUUGGACAGUUGGAGAGGGAAGGACCAAAGGCAGGAGACAGGCUGUUGUUGCAGAUACCCUGACGAGGGAUGAAGGAGGCUGAUGGGGCGGUGGCCAAGGGGUCAGAGGCAGGAGAGGCAUCUCUUCAUAGUCCAGGCUCCUCGCCUGGACAGAGCAGGAGGUUGUGGGGCCAGGGGACCACAGGAACCCCACCCUCAGCAAGGGACCAGGGCUGCUGUAGGUGACUGAGGACAGUGGUGCCUGGGGCCAGGAUGGGCACGUGGGGGGGGCGGGGAGAGGGGUUGUAGAGGAAUUCAAGGCCGUCUCUGUUGGGCCAGGAAAUGCGGUUUGACGGGCUCAACUUUGUCAUGUGCCCCUGGGAAGGCUUUCUUACAGGGACAGAGGUUUGUGGGCUGGCUGGUCAGCAUCUUGCCCUUUCCCUGAGUUCCCGCUCUGCUGAGCUUCCAGUAGGAAGGGGGAUCAGGCGCUGAGCACAGAGGCCUCCUGUUUUUGGAAAAAGCAGUGUAGUGAGAGCUUCCUUACCUGCCCAAGAGCUGAGCUCAAUGGAUUCAACAUCCGUAGAGCAGGGUCUUUAUUUAUUUAGCCAAUGGAAGAUACUGCUUUACAGAGCAUUUAAAGGAGGGGGAAGGGUGAAAGUGUUAGAUUACUAGGAAAUUAGCUUGGGGCCUUAGUUUUCUGUCUGUGCUGCCACCUUUGGCUCUGAACAGGUGGGCAGGGGACCCGCAGAGGGUUAGGUGGGUUUCUGAACGUUUGUAUUUCUAUGGCUCUGUCGGGGCAGCAGCGGUUUUGAGCCUUUAGGUCAGAGCCCUGAGGUUAGGGUGCGCUGAGACACUGAGCCCGUCCACCUCUGGGAGGACCAGGUGUCUCUAACUAGGAGUGGCCUUGUCUCAAGCCCUUUGGGCCACACAAACAUCACCAAGUGUGUCAUAGUGUGGAAAUCUCUGGGAGCACUGCCUUAGACCUGGUGUCGCUAAACUUUGUGAAAAGGUCCCAGUAGUAAAUCUUUCAGGCUGUGGGGCCUGUUGGCUCUGUCACAGCUACUCCACUUUGUUGUCGUGGCCCCAGAGCAGCAGGCAAGUGUGGCUGUGAACCAACAGCUUUAUCCCGGACGGGGAGUGGGCCUCUGGCUUAACGUGGCCUGGGCGCUUCCUCCCAUCUGUCUUCCUUGAGCACCUGUCCUGUGAGCAGUGGGGGAGGAGGGUGCAUGCUCGCCCAGGACCUCAGGUAUGGAGGGUGGGGUGGGCACUGUUGGGGCCCAGGGGAGAGGAAGCCAGGGCUGAACUGGAAGAGCCCCAGGAGGAGGCAGCUCCAGAGCCCGGGCUCCGUCCUCUGGGCCAGUGGCAGCUUGUGCUCAGGUUUGGAAAGAUGCUCGGGGCAGGGAAAGACCAGGUUUGUGGUUACAGGUGGUUCAGUUCCGCCUGGGUUUUUUAGCCAAGGCGUUGGUUACUGUUGGUCCACGAGUGGGAAGGAGACCUGGAGAAUUGGGUGGCUUUUCUGGCUACUGGGCUCCAGUGAGCACCACACGUUUUUUGAGUGGGCACAAUCUGCCAGCUUCACGCCUUUUCUCACUUGCUCUCCAAAGACAGCUGAAAAGGGCAGGACGAUGAAACCUGUCUCGGGUCUCCUUUGGCAUGGGGCCCAGGGCCUUGGCGUAUGAGAGUGAAAACCGCUAGGGAUGGGCUUCUCCUUGCUUCAGGAUGGAGUCACACAUCAGGAAGGCUUUAUGGUGCGGCCAGCAGCUGGACAGGCCUUCAGGGAAGUAGAACUGAAGCCUGUGACCUGCCGGGGCAGGUGCCCGUAGCACAGGCUGCGUGGGUGCGGCCCCCGGGCAGGGCUUCAUGGAGGUGGGCGGUGCUCUCUGCUUCCCGCGGCACCUCCCCUAGAGAUGCUUCUAGGCAGUGGACCGAGUACCUAUGAGGUGAGGUUCCAGGGACACGAACCAUGACAUUCUCAUUUAACUAACAUAGAGGGAAGUCGAGCAGGGUGGUGUCGGCGCUGGCUUCCUGUGCCCGUGGAAGGGGGCUGGAGAAAGACCUGUCCUGAGUGCCGGCAGCUCUGAGAGAGACGGGGAGGCACUUGCCAGAGGCCCUGCCGCUGGGAGGUUCAUCUGCGGCCUCCCCGGGGCCUGUGUGAGGGUGAGCGGUUUGGUGCUGCCCUGGGCCCUGGGGGAGCUGCCGCCAGUGCCGAGUGCCGCCGUCGGGCUUGUCCUCACCAAGCCUCCGGCGAAAGCUGUGAAGGGUCGUGUUUGGCUCUUUUGCUCUUGGGGAUCUGGGGCCUUUGGGCUUUAUUGCCUUGGCUGUGCUGUGCUGUAGCUGCGUCACCUUCCAUCUCUCAGGAGUACCACUGUGUCUUCUAGAGGUUUCUGGGCUCAGGGAAGGGAAAGAACCAAGGAAGGCCCAGCCCAGACGAAGCCUUUUCUCAGGCUGCUCGGUCUGCACUGCGGCCCUGGCCUCACGGGAGGCACCUUAGUUGCUUCUGGAGCUUGAGCCUGGCCCUUGCCCUGUCCCAGCCCAGAACUGCGAGCCUGAGCCUGCUUGUCUCAUUCCCCUGCUGAGGGAGGGAGACAGUGCUCCGAAAGGGGUUCUUGGUUCUGACCCAAACAGUUCUGCUGCUCUGGAAAUGAAUCGUGGAUCAGGAGAGGCGUUGUAGGCGCUUGAAAAGCUGCCUUUCCGCUUGUGGUUUAUGAGCAAAGCCAGCCUUCUCUCUGGCCAGCCUCUCCCCUCCCUCACAGACACCUCAGGGCUUGAGGACUUUGGUUGGGGUGGGGGUCAGUGGCGAGACACACUCCUUUCCUUGACCUCCUGUCACCCCGUGAGCCUUGAGUCCUUCACCUCACCAGCUCCCUUGGCUGGGGCCCUGACCCCGAGCCCAUGCUGAUGGCCGCACCCAGGUUCAGCCAGGUUCCCGGGGUAGCGUUUCUCCCCGACCUCGGCAGCCUUGUCUGGUCAGGCAGGGUGCACACUGCACCCUUACUUUGCAGAGGGGACACCGAAUGCCGCUUGUCCCCUCGCCCACUUAGUGUGGUGGCUUCUCAAAUGGCUCCUGACCAGGGCCUAACUCUGUGCAUCUCCCAGGAACCCAGGGUGGCUCUGGCUGUCUCAUGGGCUGCCUCCAACUGCCAUAGGGCCUCCCCUCCAGGGCCUUGAGGCGGCACAGGGAAUGCUUGGCGGGGCUGGGGCGUGCCCUCUGCCCCUCUUGUCUUCUGGUGAGUCAGGAGCCACAUGCCUUGGGCAGGCUUCCUUUACUUCAGCCGAGCAGCAUUUAUUCUGUUUCCCCAAAGUUUCUGUGAACUCAGGCCUUUCACUAGGGACCGUCUGUCCUGUUGUGCUGAAGCUUUGGUCUGAGUGUCUGGCCGGGGCUCAGUCACAUCUUCAGGAAAAGGCCAGGUCUCCGGAGGUGGCCCUAAUUAGGGGAGGGACCUCCAGGGAUAGUGAGGCAGGAGGGAAGGUACUGGUGCCUGGCUCAGCCUGUUAGCCCCCGGCCCAGGCCCCCUGAUGUGCCUGCCCAGCCGUAUUCCUAGACAGCGGCCUCUGAGACUUGCUUUUUCUCACCCAUUCCGUGCAGAACUCACUGGACAGGAGGCAGGAGGCAGGAGGCAGCCAGUCUAGACCUGAAGCCCUCAGCUGUUCCAGGAGGGGCUUCCCUCACAAAGAGGAAGGGGGCCCUGCUCAGUUGCGGGCUGGGGGGUUCAGGAAGCAAGGCCAAGUGUAGUUGUGGGUAGAAAACCUUUCCCUACUUCACAGGAGCGCACGUGACAUUGGGCGCCUGGCUGUAGCUUGCUCGCACUCUGGCCUGGUGAUGGCCAAGGUAGUUUUUAGAAAUCUACUUAAAAUACCUAUCUGUUAUCUAUUUACGGUGUUUUUUCUGACUACGCAAAUGUAAAUAAUAUAAUCUGCAGUGCAAAGUCCUUGGCAAUAACUGUUGUAUAUUAUGUUAAAAACACUGGAGAAUGCGACCACCGUGGAUUGUCCUUCCCUCUCUGGGGCAACGAUUCCCUGUAGGACUCUGAACUUGCAACCUUCGGCGUGGCUGAAGCAGCAGCCUGCAUGUGUGGACUGUCACCAGUGCCUCGCCCAGAGAUGCCUGGCCUUCAUCCAGUGGGACUCUCUGCCACCCCGACUCCCACAGGCAGCGCCCACACUGUGGCUCUUUCACACCAUGUUGGACUCUGCAAUAGACUGGCCCUCUUGUCUGGCUGCUGCAAUUUGUCUGUAAUGCCCUGACAUGUUGCAUUUUCCCCAUUUGGAUGACUACAAAUAAAAGCUUCUGUCUUAAACAGCAAUGGGCUGAACUGUUCUGUGCAGAACUUACUCUGCCUAAAUGAAAGGGUCAGGUGCAGAACCAUUUUCCUGGCUCUGUUGAGCCAGCUCAGUACAUGUGGCAGGGACUUUCCUUCAUUCUGAAAGGCAGGCCUGAUUCCCAUUCAUGUUUACAAUUGCUGAGACUCUGCUCCUCUGCUAAUGGUGCAAAAAGUUUACUCAACCUCAACCUUUCACCUAGCACCCUGGCACAGUGAGUGGUGAGCCGUGGAUGCUAAAUGCUGGCUCCUAAGCUAGAAUUUGCCAGAUGCUUUUUUUCUUUUUUUUGGUUGCCCUGUGGCAUAUGGAAAUUCUGGAGCCAGGGAUUCACUCUGAGCCACAGCUGUGACCUUACACUGCAGGUUCGGCAAACACCUAAUAAUCCUUAGCCCACCAUGCUGGGCAUCAAACCUGUGUCCUGGUGCUGCCGAUCCUGUUGUGCCAGAGCAGGAACUCCUAGCUGGUGCUUCUCACGUACCUACUUCACUCUUAAUUCUGACACCUUUUCCCCAGAAUUGGCAUUACCCAGAAAUUAUACACCAGGACACUAAGGCUCAGAGAUACAGGGACAAAGCUGAAGCUCUUCCUACUGCUUCUCUCCCAUGAGGUUCCUGCCCUAGGAACUCAAAUACCCCGGGAUGAAGGACAGGGGUGGCCCAGCCCUCCAGGUAAGCAAAGGCACUGUGUUCUAAUGCAGGCCAGCCGUCUCCCUGCACACUGUCCAUAACCGCACUGACACUGAUGGGAAGAAAAGCGGACCAGGCCAGCCCAUUGCUGCUCCCCUGCCCGAGGACCCUGCUCACAUCCUCUUGUCCAUGACUAGUGCGAGAACACCUGCUGAGUUUAAACUGGGGAGAGAAGGGAGGAAACUGUUUUUCUUGCUUAAGGGCCCUGGAAGAGAAAGGUGGAGGUGGUGGCGAGUUCUUGUAGAAAAUACUGAAAUCCCAGAUCUUAUGAUCAUGGGCAAGUCUUUCACGCUCACUUUGAAAUCUGGGGAUAAUGUCACAACUCACAGGAGUGUUCUGACAACUGAGGGAGAACACAGGGGAAGGGUCAAGAGCUUAACAGUGGCCUAGCAACACGCAGAGCUAGAGCUAGGCCCUGAAGCCAUGGCACACAAUCGGGAGAACCAGGAAGAGCUCAGUGACCUUCCCACAUGAGGUGAGCGUCCAAGGCCAUGGCCUGGCCUUGAACCUGGGUUUCUGGUCUACCUGCGCUGCUUGUAAGGAGGUGCUUUGAGUGACAUCCACCUGCUGCCCAUGUGGUCAUCUUAAAGCAGCUGCCCUGCCAGUCACUGGGAGCUGAAGAUGGGGGUGAUAUCCUAGCCGGGUGGGCGCGCAGGGCCAGGAUGCUAUGGGCCCAAAUUCUUCACCCUACAAAAGAGGAGGGUAGGGAAACACGGAGCUUGGGCGUCUUAUUCUAAAGCUCAGAGGUCUGUCUGCUUCUCAUCACCCCUCAAAUGCAUCUUGGGAGAUUUGAAUCCCAGGGUCAGAAUCAGGCCUAUCUCUGAGCAAGUGAAGCAGCAUAAUAACCCUCCAAACACCCAUCAGACAGAUGGGGAAACAGGCUCUGCGAGGCCAAGCAACUCUCCCAGGCCGCCAGAGGCCCGCGUCACCCACUUGUUCCCUCUGCCUGUGGGUCCCAACAACUGCUGGGUCAGUUCAGACCUGAGAGUGGUUCUGGGCUUACUUUUAGCUCCAUGGAGUUCUCUCUCUUCCACUCCUCUCAUGGCUGCUACUGCCACUGGGAUGUGGGACUUGGAGCAGACGGGGCGGUGGCAUCCUGGAGCCUUGGAGGCCGAUGCCUCUUUCCUUUCAUUCUGAGCUGCCUCUUCCCCGAGAGCCUUUUUUUUUAAAAAUCAAAAGAUUUUCCCACAUCUGUUGGGAUAGUCAUGAUUUUUUUCCUUAUUCUAUUUUUAAAAAAAUUUAAAUUGAGUUGAUUCAUAAUGUGCCAACUUCUGCUGUAGAGCAAAGUGACUCAGUCGUAUAUUAUCUAUCUAUCUACAUUAAAAAAAAAAAAAAGGGCCCUGGAUACCCCCUCAGGUUCAACAGGGUCUGCUAGACAGUCCACUGAGCCUGUCACAUUUUUCGCACAGUCAGGUAAGAAAUAGAGCCCUGGUCACAUGGUCAGAAUCAGGAUGAGUUUUCCAGAACAAAGCCUCAUGCCUGCUGCUCUCCCUCUAAUCACCUCCGUGUCCCUGACUUACCGUCACAGCCAGGAUUCUGGAAAUGUACCCUUGCUUCUGCUUCCUGUCCUCCCACAGCUGGAGACACUGGAUCUGGCUCCCCUGCUACGCCCCACCCCGCCCCGAGCACCAGCGGUUUCCCAGUCCUGCCCUUGCCGAGGCGGAGCUUGCGUGUUCUCUGGAGGUCCGAGGCCCUUCUGCCGCACCAGCUCCUCUCUCCUCCCCUGAAUGGCAGUUUCUAGGCCUCCAGCCAGCCCUUGCUUACUCCGACCGUGCGCCAGGGCGGGGUUCUUAACCGGGGGUGACCUUCCCCAGUCUGGAGACAUUUUCAGUGACUAUGGUGGGGGCAGGGGUGCUCUUGGCAUCGAGCAGGCAGAGACCAGGGGGAUGCUGCUGUGAAACCACUGUCCUGCGCAGGACAGCCCAGGGCACCCGACUGUCAGUGGGGCUGCGGCUCCGAGCCCUAUGCGGAGGUGCCCGCACCACUCCUAAGGGUCUGUGGACUCCAGCCUCGCCAACCCGUGCUCCCCACAAGGCCUCAAAUCCAUACACUGACAGCUAUGUUUAUCUGCCUGCUGUGUCCUCCUCUUCCUCUCCCAACUUUCAGUGACUCUCCAGGAGUUCUUCCCAAAUCUGGCCUUCUAUUCUGUCACUUCUCUUCAGACUCUGUCUUCCCAAUCUUUCUCCUAAAGGAUUGAUACGGCAUAUGGAGGUUGCCAGGCUAGGGUUGAAUCGGGCCUACAGCUGCCGGCCUAGGCCACAGCCACAGCAAUGUAGGACCCGAGCCGCUGUCGUACAGCUGCGACCUACACCACAGCUCACGGCAACGUCGGAUCCUUAACCCACUGAGCAAGGCCAGGGAUCGAACCUGAGUCCUCACGGAUACUAGUGAGAUUCGUUUUUGCUGAGCCGAGAUGGGAACUCCUAAAGGUCUUUAGAGCAAGUUGGCUUAAAACUCUCCAGUUUCACCUUCAAACUCCAUGGCCUGGACGGCCUCCAGCUGAUGACCUAGUCGCAUCUCCCAUCCCCAGAUUCACUCUGACUGCAGUGCUCACUACCGUUUCUUCCACCAAAAUGUGGUCUUCCUGCUUCUCUAACCAGCACCCCGUUCUCAGCGCAGAAAACUGGCACGACCACUUGGUCUCCUACCACCACUACCCACCUGGCUCCUUGUUCCCACAGGGACACUGUCUCGGCUCUCAGCCCACGGAGUUGCGAUCAUUCUCAACCUGAAUCUCAAGAGCACUAGGGGACCCCCGAGAGAGCAGCCCCGUCCCGGGUCACUUUAGGCCCGUGGGCCCAGGCUGCCUGGCUGUGGGCUCCAUUCCCUGGCAAGACAGCGCUGCUGGGAGGAGGGUUUUCGAGUCCCUACACUCUGAACGCUGGGACCCGUGGGGCUGUUAAAGCCUAGAGCAGCCUAGCGCUUCUUGGCUCUUGCCUGCUUGGCUGGAAGCAUGCCCUCCAGCCCGUGUGUGGUGCUCUGGAGCCCUGGGCCUGGCCUCUGUGGAGCUCCAGCUGCAGCCAGGCCCCUUGCUUGGCCCGCCCUCCUCUGGGGCAGCGGAGAGAACACGCGGCAGGGCUGGCUCACCACCUCCUGCUCAUGGCUGGCGCCUCAGCAACUUGCAUCCAAAGGCUGGUUGCAGGGCAUCUGAGAGCAGGGCCAACAAGGAGGGGGCUGGAGGAGGAGGAAGCCCUGCUGCUCCUCCUGCUGCAGAGAAGGGGGCGAGGGGGUAAAGGACGCAGAGGUUCUGAGAGCCUUCCUCCUCUGGUGCUGGGUGUGAGAGGAGCACCAGCUAACAGAAAGCAAGUUUUCUAGAAGAUGCUCCUGACCGUGCCAACCACGCUUCCUCAAAGGUCCAGCAGAGCCCAGCUGGACCUCGGGUACUCUGCCUUUCUCCCCUUCAGCCGCCGCCCCUGAACAUUCCCUCUCGCAUCUCUGCCUCUGACUGCACCCUCACCUCCUGAAAGAUGUCCUAAACCUCCAGUGCACGUGUCAGGUCUCACCCCGGGCACUGCGGCACCGCUGUAUUUCUGAGGCAGGAGUACUCACGAGGGCAGGCAGAGGCACCAUCAUCUUCUCUCACCCCACGGCCCAGGCACCUCAGCCGCUCAGCGUCUGACGGAUGCAGGGAGGCGCUGCCUGAGGCUCACACACACCCAUCCGCCCACAGGGUGGUCUUCUCUGACUGCGGGGGCGGGGCAGGGGGGCGGAGAGCAAGAGCACAUAAUGAUAAGACUGGUUUUUACAAGGCAAUGCUGUUUGUACCAAAAUAUUUAAUGAAUAUGCUGUUAAAAUAAAACCAACAAAAGAAAUAGUAAUACAAGUUUACUGGUUUAUAUUUCAAUUCAUAAAGUUGACACACAGCAGCUAUCUAGCACAAUGUCCACGCACCUAGUUUUAGAUGGGCUUACAGCGGUUUUGGUAACUGAACAAGAAAGACAGAAAGCAGUGGAGGGGAUGGUCGGGGGUCAGGGGUUGUCGCUUGUUGCCUCCCUUAUCACAGGGGCCCUUGGCAGGCGCUCAUACAGCGACAGGAAACGGGAUACGAAACAACCCAAGUGUCUUUAUAUACAAACCAGUGCCUCUUGGAACCACACUGCACGCAGAGAAGACGAGGAAGUCGUCUGCGAGACAGCCUGUCAGCGUAUCACUAUAUAAAUUAAAAGGCUAACGUUAUUUUGUUAAAAAAAAAAA